UGGCCACAGUUUUCCAAGCGACACGGUCCAGUACACAGUCCUUUAGCGGAUACUCAGCAUACACAACACACAGCCAGGACAUUUGCAGCACACACACAUCCACACAGGAUCAGCAUGAAGCUGGAGAGCGAGAAACGCAUUAACCAACCGCCAAAGUAUCUCAACGAGGACUUCUUCAAGGCCGCCCUCGAGGAUGGACUGCGUGACAUGCGCGUCGACAUCAAGAAGAUCAUCUUUGCCGAAUCAAGCGGCGGUGGCGGUGAAAACUAUUGCAGCAAAAUCUAUCGCGCCAGAGCUCUCUACAGGAGCAGCAAACGUCAGCUGGACGAGGAGUUGGCAUUGAUUGUGAAGAGCAUUGCCAUUACGCCGGCGACACAAUUCCUCGAAGAGUUGGCAGUGUAUUUGCGUGAAAAGAUCUUCUAUUUCGAUGUGCUGGGCAAACUGGAGGUGCUGAUCGGUGAUGGAUCGAAGUUUGGCGCUAAAUGCUUCUACACAACACGCGAGCCCAUACAGACGAUUGUCUUCGAUGAUCUCACACAGUAUGGCUACAAGUUGGCCAGUCGCCAGAACGGACUGAACGAGGAGCACUGCGUGGUCAUCUUGCAGAAACUGGGCAAAUUCCAUGCCAGCUCCAUGCUGCUGGCCGAGAAGGAACCCAGUGUGCGAGAGCAUUUCACCACAGGCAUGCUGGAUGAGAACUACAUACGCACCAAUGAGAGAUUCAUCAACUUCAUGACGCUGCAACUGAAUACGCUUGCCAAUGUGGUGGGCAAGUGGUCGGGCUAUGAGCAGCUGGCAGCGAAAUUGCAUCGCCAUUGCGAUAACAUCAAGGAGAAUCUGGUUAUGACCGGCCGUCCCAUACCCGGUGAAAUCACAGUGCUCAAUCACGGCGAUCUGUGGGUCAACAAUUUCAUGUACAAAUACCACGACGAGCUGCCCACGAAGCCCAUCGAUGCCAUCUUUGUGGACUUUCAGAACAGUUUCUUUGGCAGUCCCGGCUGUGACAUCAAUUUCUUUCUCAACAGCAGCGUGCAGCUCGAUGUGCUGAUCCAUCGACGAGAGUUCCUCAUCCAGACCUAUUACGAUUCACUGCGCGACAGCUUGGAGCGCAUGCAUUCGGAGUUUGUGCCCAGCUUUGAGGAUAUUCAGCAUGAGAUACGUUCCCGGGAGCUAUACGGUUUCUUCUCAUCGUACGCCUUUCUGCCCAUGGUCACCAUGAAGAAGGAGGACUCGUAUGACAUUAGCAUCGAGGCUUUAACCGACUCUGAUUUCGCUAAGAAGAAGGUACAAUUGAUGUUCUCCUCAAAUCCCCGCACUACGGAUACCCUGCGCUAUGCCCUGCGACGAUUCGAUGAGCUGGGCAUCUUUGAUUAAUCGAUUGAUCGAUUGGUUGGUUGGUUUUUGGUUGGGCUGCCAUGGCGGAUGCUUAAUUUAUAUUUAUAACUUGCACUUGGCGCAACUUCUGCUGAUUGCACUUUUUUUUCGUCAUCCUACACCUAAGUUCCUUUUAAUACCCACUAUUAAUUUCGGUGUUUUUUU